AUGUUUACUCCCAAUAGACAGUGGCAAGGGCCAUCAAUGUCACCCAAGCGUGAAGCGCGUGCUACGCGAUACUCUACUGGCAAAGAUAAGAUGGUAGCCCUAAUCGACGGCCCUCCGCCGCCGCCGCCGCCGCCGCCGCCAAAUGUGUUGUUGAGUGAUAGUGCGGAUAGAGACGAUGUGGAGAAUAUGGAGGAUUGGAGAAGGUUUCGGGAGGUGGGGUUGUUGGAUGAGGCGGCUCUGGAAAGGCGUGAUCGGGAGGCGUUGCAGGAGAAAGUUGAAAGGCUUGAAAGAGAGCUCUUCGACUAUCAGUACAAUAUGGGUCUUCUGCUAAUUGAGAAGAAAGAGUGGACCUUGAAAAAUGAAGAACUUCAGGAAUCUCUUGCAGAAGCACAGGAGAUCCUUAAACGUGAAAAGACGGCCAACUUGAUUUCAGUUUCCCAAGUGGAGGAGCGAGAGGCAAAUCUGAGAAAGGCCUUGGACAUUGAGAGGCAGUUUGUGUCUGAGCUUGAGAGGUCACUCCGUGACCUAAGCUCUGAGCAUGAGAAAAUCAAGAUGGCAUCCGAUAGUAAGCUGACUGAUGCCAAUAAUCUCGUGGCUGGCAUUCAAGAUAAGUCUUUAGAAGUGCAACAAAAGCUUGUUGCUGCUGAUUCUAAGCUUGCUGAGGCAAAUCGGAAAAGUUUAGAACUCGAGAGAAAAUUGCAGGAAGUUGAGACACGCGAAAGCGUUCUCAAGAGGGAGCGCAUGUCCUUUAUCUCUGAGCGAGAUUUGCAUGAAGCAACUGUCUUGAAGCAUAAAAAAGAUAUGCUCGAGUGGGAAAGGAAGCUGCAAGAAGGAGAAGAGAGACUUUCUCAGAAUAGGAGACAUAUUUACGAUAGAGAGGAAAAGGUUAACCAGCUCAAUGAUAUGAUCAAGGAGAGAGAAAAGGAACUUGAGGAAGAACAAAAGAAAGCUGAGCUGGUGAAUCUGACCCUGAAGAAUAAGGAAGAAGACCUUAAUAGAAGACUAACUAAGCUAAUCGAGAAAGAGGAGAAAGCUGAGUCUUUGAAUAGUAGUAUAGAGAAGAGAGAGAAAGAAUUGACUGCAUUGACAGAGAAGCUGAGCUCAAGAGAGAGAGUGGAGAUUCAGAACAUUCUUGAUGAACACAGAACAUCGUUAGCUUUAAAAGAACAACAGUUCGCAUUGGAAUUAGAGGAGAAAAGAAAGUUGUUUGAAGAUGAGCAUAAAGUCCAGCUUGAUGACUUGGAUAAGAAGGCAAUCGAAAUCAACCACAUGGAGGAAAAACUGAGAAAGCGAGAGCAAGCUCUUGAAAAGAAAUCGGACAGGGUCAAGGAGAAAGAGAAGGAGAUUGAAUCAAAACUGAAAGAUCUGAAGGAAAAAGACAAGGCCCUCAAACUGGAGGAGAAAAAUCAGGAAAAGCUCAGAAAAGAAAUAGUUUCCGAAAAGGAAAGCCUGGAAGCUCUAAAAGACGAGCUCGAGCGGAUAAGAUCCGAAAAUAACCAAAAGCAGUUGCAAAUUCAAGAAGAAACCACAAAUCUUAGCAUCGUUGAUGAAGAGAGGAAGGAGCACGACCGCUUAAUUCGAAAUUUGAGGCAGGAGAUUGAGAAGUACAAACACAUGAAGGAGUUGGUUUGUAAGGAACGUGAUGAGCUGAAGGUAGACAGGAAAAAAUUUGAAGGCGAGUGGGAGGCCCUUGAUGAAAAGCGGGCCGAGCUGAUGAAGGACAUUCGACAACUCGAGCAAGAGAAAAUAAUGGUUGAAAAAUCAAAAGAUUCUGUACACAAACAGUUGGAAGAGAAAAGAACAGCUAUUGAUGCUUACAUCAAGAGCGAGAAAGAGAAAAUUAAUCUCGAGCGAGAAUCAUUUGACGCCAGAAUGAGGCACGAGCAGUCAGAGUUGUCGGAAAAAUACCGUCUUGAGCACAAGCAGUUAAUUGAAGAUUUUGAGAUUCGUAAACGAGAUCUCGAGACAAAUAUGCUGAACAAGAGGGAAGAAAUGGAGCGAACUCUUCAGGAAAAGGAGAGAGAAUUUGAGGAGAAGAAAGAAAGAGAAAAUUGUCAUAUCACUAGUCUGAAGGAACUCGUUGAGAAGGAAAAGGAAGAUGUUAAUUUGGAAAAUAACAGAUUGGAGAAAGAAAGGCAGAAUAAUGAGUUCAACAAGCGGCAGUUCGAGGAGCAGCAGCUCGAGAUACAGAAGGACAUCAAUGAGCUUGGCCUAUUAAGCCAGAGACUUAAGUUGCAGCGCGAACAAUUCCGAAAGGAGCAAAGACAAUUUGCCUUGCUAUUCGACGUCCUUAAAAACUGCCAAAAUUGUGGGGACAUGGCAAGAGACUAUUUGUUAUCCGACUUUAACAACUCGGAAUUGGAUGGCGAAGAUGAAUCUUUGCUUUUCGAAAAAGUCGCCGCUUACGAGUUGAAUGCUCAGAAGAAACCCGACCUGCUCGACUCAAAAUCUUCGGGGUCUGGGGGACGUAUUUCCUGGCUCCUUCGCAAAUGCACCCCAAAAUUCCUGUCCCCAACAAAGAGAGUUCAAGAUUUGCCCUCUCAAAACCUGGACCAAGUGCUGUCUGAGGCUGAAGUUUCCGAAAAGGCUGGGCCUAGUGUGCCAGCUGGCACCACAGUAGAAGUAGAGGUUUCCGAAGAGCUGUCAAAAGACCGGCGCAAAUACGUCCGGAAGACUGCGAAGGAUGGGAUCCACAGGACUCGUUCGGUUAAGGCAGUGGUCAAGGAUGCUGAGGCUUUCUUGGGGAGAAAAUCGGGAGUCGAGGGGCAAAAAGAAGAGAUUGGGGGGGACAGCACGAUUACCCGGAAGCGGGCCCGCCAGUCCCAGUCUUCUAAAAUGACGAGUGGGACUGAGGACGGCGGUUAUGAGAGCGAGAGUCGUUCGGAGAGUGUGACAGCUGGCGGUGGCCGUAGAAAGAGGCACCAGACAAGCACGCCAGCUGUGCAGACUGCAGGGAAGCAGAGAUAUAACCUUCGUCGCCAUACUAAGGGCAAAGAUGUAGCUGCCUUAACAGACACCGAGCAGAAAACAGAUAAAGAAGUUGGUGAUCUUACUCUGUCCCAAGACAAUGAAAUUAAUUCCAGAGCACCUGAGGUCACAAGCAGCCAGAUUGGAAAUCCUGCUGAAUUAGUGCAGGUCACCUCUUACAAGAACGUACAAACUCAAAUGGUCUCAGUUGAUAGAGUUGUCCGGGUUAGACUUUCUGAUUAUGUUCAUUAUAUGAUUCUUUAA